GGAGCCCCGGCUCCCGGGGACGACGCCCGGGCGGCGGCGGCGGAGUGGGAGCCGGAGCCGGAGCGGCGCAUCGAUGCGCUGCGGGCUCGAUUGCGUCUCCCUGGGCAGCUCGCGGGCCGGGAAUGGGGCGGCCGCGCGGGGCCGGCUCCGGGCGCUGCCGGUCGGCGGUGGGGGCGCGGGCGCGGCCGCCGGGUUCCCGUCCGAGAGCCGCCGCCGCCCCCAGGCGCGUGGGCUGGGCCGCGGGGCUCCUCGGGGCCGCGUUCGGUGGGCGGGGAAGGCCGGAGCCCGCGCCCUGGGACCCGCCGCCCGAGCGCCCCGGGGCCGCGAGCCUGGCCUCGCCCGUCCUCCCUUCCUUUCUCCUUCCUCCUUCUAUUUCUCACGUUUCUUUUCCAGUGACCCCCCCCCCUUUUGUCCCCUCUCCCCCUCAUUUUUCCUUUGUGACUGUUUCCGCAAGUUUGUUUCCAAAGUUCGCCGGCGUGCCGUCCGUCCUUGGAGACCGGAGCCCGCGGUCUCACCUGGCGGGAUGGGGCAGGAGAGGGAGCGGUGUCCUCGCAGCCCUCCUCGCCUCCCGCCGAGGCCUGCGUCCUCCUCGCGGGCCGGGUGUGGCUCCGGAGAACGGGAAGGACGCAGGCUCCCCGGACCCAAGAGCGCAGCGGAAACCCCGGGGGGCUACCUGAAGGCGGGGAUUUAGACCCCCAGAGCCGGGCCGAGCCAGGGGCUGCGGGGGU